UGACCACAGUUCCCAGGAUGCUUGGGGGAAAACUACACUUCCCAUGAUGCUUCUGGAAGGAGCGUAAAAAGGAAAGACUCCAAGUCCCGCGAUGCUCUUGUCCACAGAGAUUGAGCCGGAAGACACUUUCUAGACGUGAGGAGUGGGGAGACUAGUUCUGAGCAACCAAAAGUCCAAUAUGAAACUGUAUUGCCUGUCGGGGCACCCAACAUUACCAUGCAACGUGCUCAAAUUCAAAUCAACCACCAUUAUGUUGGACUGCGGACUGGACAUGACGUCCACCCUCAAUUUCCUUCCUUUGCCACUUGUUCAAAGUCCCAGGCUGUCAAAUCUUCCUGGCUGGUCCCUGAAAGAUGGAAACGCUUUCUUAGAGAAGGAGCUGAAAGAGUGUUCGGGUCACGUGUUUGUGGAUUCUGUGCCUGAAUUCUGCUUACCAGAGACCGAGCUAAUAGACCUGUCUACAGUGGAUGUGAUUCUCAUCUCUAACUACCACUGCAUGAUGGCGCUGCCCUACAUCACCGAGCACACGGGCUUCACGGGCACGGUGUACGCCACAGAGCCCACCAUGCAGAUCGGCAGGCUUCUCAUGGAAGAACUGGUGAAUUUCAUUGAAAGAGUGCCAAAGGCUCAGUCUGCCUCCUUGUGGAAGAAUAAGGAUAUCCAGCGGCUGCUGCCCUCUCCCCUCAAGGACGCAGUGGACGUGGCGACCUGGAGAAGAUGCUAUACAAUGCAAGAGGUGAACUCUGCCCUCAGUAAAAUCCAGCUGCUGGGAUAUUCUCAGAAAAUUGAGCUUUUUGGUGCUGUCCAGGUGACUCCUCUCAGCUCCGGCUAUGCCCUUGGAAGCUCCAACUGGAUUAUCCAGUCCCAUUAUGAGAAAGUGUCUUAUGUCUCUGGAUCCUCUCUGCUUACCACACACCCUCAGCCCAUGGACCAAGCUUCUCUGAAGAACAGCGAUGUUCUUGUUCUGACAGGACUUACCCAGAUCCCCACUGCAAACCCUGAUGGCAUGGUGGGAGAGUUCUGCAGCAACCUAGCUCUCACAGUUCGGAAUGGAGGAAACGUGUUGGUCCCCUGCUACCCUUCCGGAGUGAUCUAUGACCUCCUGGAGUGCUUGUAUCAGUACGUCGACUCGGCCGGCCUCUCCAGCACCCCUUUCUACUUCAUCUCCCCGGUGGCAAACAGUUCACUGGAGUUUUCCCAGAUUUUUGCUGAGUGGCUUUGUCACAACAAACAGAGUAAAGUGUACCUCCCGGAGCCACCGUUUCCUCAUGCAGAGCUCAUCCAGACGAACAAGCUGAAGCACUUCCCCAGCGUCCACGGCGACUUCAGCAACGACUUCCGGCAGCCGUGCGUGGUGUUCACCGGCCACCCUUCCCUCCGCUUCGGGGACGUGGUCCACUUCAUGGAGCUCUGGGGGAAAUCCAGUCUCAACACGGUCAUAUUUACAGAACCCGACUUCUCCUACCUGGAGGCUCUGGCUCCCUACCAGCCGUUGGCCAUGAAGUGCAUCUACUGCCCCAUCGACACGAGGCUGAAUUUCAUCCAGGUGUCUAAGCUGCUGAAAGAAGUUCAGCCCCUGCACGUGGUCUGUCCUGAGCAGUACACGCAGCCGCCCCCGACCCAGUCCCACAGGAUGGACCUGAUGAUCGACUGCCAGCCUCCAGCCAUGUCCUACCGGCGGGCUGAGGUCCUCGCCCUGCCCUUCAAGCGGCGCUAUGAGAAGAUCGAAAUCAUGCCGGAGCUCGCCGACUCCCUGGUGCCCAUGGAGAUCAAGCCUGGAAUCUCCCUGGCAACUGUCUCAGCGGUGCUGCACACUAAAGAUAACAAGCAUGUGCUUCAGCCCCCUCCCAGGCCCGCGCAGCCCACCGGUGGUAAGAAGAGGAAGCGGGUGAGCGAGGACAUUCCUGACUGCAGAGGCCCGAAGCCUCUGUUGAGCGGCUCCAUCCCCGUGGAGCAGUUUGUGCAGACCCUGGAGAAGCAUGGCUUCAGUGACAUCAAGGUGGAAGACACAGCCAAGGGCCACAUCGUCCUGCUCCAGGAAGCUGAGACACUCAUCCAGAUUGAGGAAGAUUCAACACAUAUCAUCUGUGACAACGAUGAGAUGCUAAGGGUGCGACUGCGGGACCUUGUUCUCAAAUUCCUACAGAAGUUCUGAGAGACUGAAAUCCUCCGGCCCAACACCCUGGCUCCCAGCACGGGCCACCUGAGUGAAGAAGGGCAUGGAAGGCUGCUGGCCAUAUCACCGUGGUGUCCUCUGGAAGGAAAUAACUGACUAUGGUCAGGAUCUACUGGUGUAACAUCCUCACACUGGUUCAGGCAAGAACUUUUCCUUCAAACUUUGAGUCAUUUUCUUUUCAGUUUUAUACUCUUGAGCAGCUAAUGGGUGACACAGCACAUCAGCAGCUCUUUCCAAAAGAAUGUCAAAAGAUGACUGACCUGCCGUCUUGUGCGGCCCGAGUCCGUUUUCACGGUGUUCAGGCAGGUGAAACUAGUCCUCCUUUUGCUUACCUUCUGAAGACGAUACUCAAAAUUAGCAAAACGAACCUAUCCAUCUGUGUGCUGUGGUCCACUUUGUUAAUAAAAAUUAUUUUUAUAGAAA